UGUAAACCUCAGACUUCAACUCAUGACUCUUUACAGCCUUGGAAAAAAUACCUAACUCUGCUAAACAGUACACAACACACUUGGAUGUGCAUCAUAAAUUCUCUUCAACACAUUACAAGAUCAAACCUGAGCUUCCAGCCAAAAUGAGAUUUGCCCUGCACACUGUUAUCUGCUGCUGUGUUUUCACCACUGUCCUGCCACUGGUAAAAGGUGUCACAGAGGAGCUCAACACCAGCCUGAAAAACAGGUUUAUAGUAUGGCUGCAGAACCGUAUGAAGAGAGAUCUGCACAACUGCUUAGUUGCCAAUGAGCUGUACUCUGACAUCCAUGUUGGACCACAGCAGGACGGGAAUGCAAUAACUGUCUCACCUACAUCAAGCUUUGGGCUAAAUAUCAGACCCAGGAGGUCUCCAUCAUCCAAAUCAUCCGGCUGCGUCUUAGUCACAUGUAUAUACCACGACCUGCCUUACAUACUGCAACGCAUCUCUGACCUGAAAGAGCGAGAGAAGGUCCCUGAGGACAAGAUGGGCUCGAAUGGCUACGGACGCCGACGCCGCUCACUCCAGGAAGUCACUCAGCUUGCCCUCCAGACAGGAAGACAAAGAAGGAACACUGAAGCUGCUUCCAAAGUGUGCUUGGCAGCUGAGAAAGAAGACAAUCCCUGAAGACCUUCUCUAACAUACCCGUGAACUGAGGAGGAACCGAGGCCACGAAGGGGGAGGACUUUUGUUAAUCAAGAAACAGACAUUACUGGACCCCAAACUGCGACAAGCAGGAUCCUUCCACAAGUGAACUGAAUGUGAUGAACUGCUUGUGAAGUGCAAUUUAUACCUAGUCUAUACUUUAUACUAGGCCUAUACAUAGUUAAAAAAUAUGUAAUUAUCAGCUUGUAUAUAAGGAUAUAUAAAGCCACCUUAUAUUUAAGCAUACAAUACAACUAUAUUUUUAUACAGCCAAAAUACAUAUUAAACAUGUCUCUUUGUGGAUUUUAACUUCAAUGAAGUAUGUAUCUUAACUGUGUAAAUAAUUAUCUUGUCCUGUAUUCUUCAUGUGAUUUAAGUCUAUUAUCACAGAGUUAUGUGUUAAACCAACUGCCUUAACAUUAUUGUGGAGAUUAUACUGUGGUGAUUAUAAAUGAAUCAUAUUAGAGAUGUUUUACAGACAUUUGUUGGAUGGUGAAUGUCAUCUUAAAAACAACUUCAAGUUUUUGGCCAGACUUUGGAAGCUAUGGAAAGUGGCAGAAACCAUUUAUAAAGUAGAAGGACUGAUGAGAUAAUAAAAGUGUUGUGCUGCCAUCUAGCUUUACACUAGGCAACAUGUAAAAAAAAAAAAUGUAGCUUCAACAAAGCACUUACUGUGGUUAUGCUGAAUGUUUUAUCUUAACAGUCUUAGUUGGAAAUGUAUCUGCUUUUUCUUUUGAAUGCAAUAAACCCUAAUUUACUCAUAGUUCAGCUGAAAUUACUUGACAUGGUAUUAGGUAACAUGAUUUAUGUCUUGUUGUGAUAAACAUGGCAGGAAUUGUAAUUGUUUUCAUCUGACUGUUGUGUCUUCUUUUUUAAAUGAAUGAAAGCAACAAUGAAAAGA